AUGAUAAAUGUUCGCAGAAUAUCACUUUUUCAUCGUUUAAUAUCUGUCAGAGUUAACGCUAAUCGUUUUCGAUCAGCACGGCGUUCGUCGCAAUCAUUAUUAAUUGAUGAAAAGCAUAUUGUGACCGAAACAAAACCUGCUUCACUAGAGAAUCUAUCACCUGUAGUUCGUCAAAUUCUCUCUAACGAUCCAUCAUACGCCCUUCGUUUUGGUGGUCAAUUAUCGGAAAAUAAAAAGUAUCUUGUUCGAAAACAUUCACGAACAACAGGCCGAGCAGAAACGCUCUUUUCACAAAUACCUAAAGAUCAUAUUAUUUUCUCAGCAAAUGAAGAAGAGAAUGACGUAUCACAUUCCCCUAUUGUUGCGUUUCCAUCUGAAGAAAACCAAUUUGAAAUGGAUUUGGGAACAGAAGAUAAAACAAUACCUAUUCAUGAAACAGCUCGUUGUUUUGGUUGUGGAGCAUCACUUCAAUGUGCUGAUAGAACUAAACCAGGUUUUAUGCCAACUGAAAUCUAUAAGCAUUUCCUUUCAACAAGUUUACAAAAGCGAACAAGUCAAUGUCAACGAUGUUUUCUGUUUAAAUACACAAAUGAUAUAUCCCAUUGUGAAGUUAAUGAACAAGUUUACCAAGAUAUUUUAACAGAAAUAAAACGAAAACGCGCUUUAAUUAUUUUAAUUGUGGAUCUUCUUGAUAUACCAAAUUCAAUUAGUCGAUUAUGGGCAAAUCUUGUUGAUCAAACGGCAGAAACUCAUAAAAAAUCAUCCAACAUUAUAUUUGUUCUGGGCAAUAAAGUCGAUUUACUACCAAAAGAUAGCGAAUCCUAUCUGACGACUGUUCGUCAUUGUCUUGAACAUGAGUGUACAAAACGUGGUUUAGGAAGACAUAUUGUUAAAUACUAUGGCUUAACCAGUGCUAGAACUGGAUAUGGCAUCGAAGAACUAAUUUCUAAAGUAUUUCGAUAUUGGUCACAACAUGGUGGUGUUUAUCUACUUGGUGGUACAAAUGCCGGAAAGAGUAGUUUAUUUAAUAGUCUUAUUGAUUCCGAUCUUUGCCAUAUCCAUGCACUUGAUUGCAUUCAACCUGCAACUGUAUCAAAUCUUCCAGGUACAACAAUGAAUGUUGUUCGUUUUCCAAUUCAAUUACGAACAGGAAAAAAUCAAUUCAUGCGCGAAGAACGUUUAAAAGAGCGAGAAGAAGAAAUUGAACCUAAGUCAGAUAACGAUUAUAAUUCUAUUGAAAAUGAAACAACUGUUGAUCAAAAUGUGGAAUCAACAGUAAAAUGGCGACGUCGAUUUGAAUCAGAGAUGAAUUUACCAAAAAGUGGUGUGUCAUACACAUAUUCAUCCGGUGAAAAUUCAUUUAGUGAGGAUCGCUCAUUUGACUCCAACGAACAGAAUUAUAUCAAUUAUCGACAAAAGAAAAUACGAGCUUUUAAUCCGGAUUCGUAUAAAAAUGAAAAAUGGCUCUAUGAUACACCAGGUGUUAUUUUAUCUGAACAAAUGAUUAAUAAAUGUAGUAAUCGAACAGAACUUGCAUUUUUUGAUCAUCAACCAGCGGUUAUUCGUCCAGUGAAUAUUUUGCUAAACGUUGGACAAACAAUAUUGAUUGGUGGUAUUGUCAGAAUUGAUGUUAAACAUAUUACAGAUAAUGGUCAAGCUACUAUUUCUUUGAUGACAACAUGUCGUUUGCCAAUAAAUGUGAUACAAACAAAAGAUUUUGAAAAAUUCUAUGAAAAUACUCUUGAAAAGAAUCAGCUUGGAGUACCACAAAAUCAAAUAAAUGGUCGUCUUCAAGAUCCACCUCGACUUAUAGGACCAACUAUAGAACUUCUUGGCAUGGGAGAGCAAGAAGCCGCUGGAGAUAUUGUUUUAUCUUCUGCAGGUUGGGCUAGUGUUCAAUGUAGUCGCGAUAAAUAUGUGAUAUUUGAUGUGAUGACACCAGAUGGCCUUGGUAUUCAUCUGAGACAACCCGCACUCCUGAAAUAUUUAAUUCAUUUACGAGGUUCACGAGUAGGAAAAACACCAUUCUUCAAUAAACAUGUUUUUAAAGAAGAUCAACAGAAAAGUAAAGAUCAAAGUCAAUAUCAAUCGAAUGAACUUGAAAUGAUUAUCAAUGAAAAAAUAUGGAAAGGAGAUAUAAACAACCGUCGACGAAAUGCUGAGCAUAAAAGAUAA